AUGGCGAAAUCAACCGCAUCCUCGACUUCAAUAAAAGAAGACGACACCCCGAAAACACCAGCCAAGCGGAAACCCAAUAACGACGGCAGUAGCAACAAACCGACCAAUGUUCCCAAUGGCGCCCUCGCCGCAGCCAUCAUGCGAAAGGCCUCAUCCCCUCAAGUCGCCAGCCCUCGAACGCCCCUGCGCAAGCACUCUACGCAGCCGAACCUCAAGACCCCCAACUCGGCUCCGGCGCGCGCGAGAAAGGCUCCCGAGCCGACACUGCUAGGCGAUUUCCUGCUGGGGAGACCCAGUCCGGCCCGGCAGAGGAACAACGGCAUUGGAGCGAAGAGACGGCAGAGUCUCGAUGCUGUGAAGCGUGAGAUGCGCGCGGAGGUUGUGGCGCAGGUGAGAGCGCCAGGAAAAGUCAACGAUCGGGUCAAGGAAUGGCAAAAGCAAAGUCGCGGAGCGGGGAAGGGGGAGCAGCCGGAAGAGAUUGUGGUGGAGUAUGAGACCGAUUCUGAGGUUGGAGGUGUUCCGGUACAGGAGAAGAUUGCUGCGCCGAAGCAGAGGCUGAAGCGGAAGUCCAGGACGAAGCCUCCUGACCAUGGAGACGACGAUGAGAGGGGGAGGGGCGCUACUCCGGAUGAUGGGGAGGAUAGGCGUAGAGAGAGGAGUAAGAGCGUGGCGCCGAAGAAGAGGGUUAUUAGCGAUGACCACUGGAUGAUGAAGAAAAAGAAGAGUCCGAAGGGGAAAGGUGCCAGCAUCCCGAAGAACUUCCUCAAGGUAACCGCAAUCAAUCCGCCUUUCGAGAAGAAGAUUGAGGAUUGGGUGAAGCGGAUGGAGGAUGAGCCUGCGCCGGUGCUGGAGAAGCCGCGGAGCAGGAGUAGGAAGGUGCUGGAGAGGGAUGUGGCAGAUGGAGCGAGGAAGGCCGAGGAGCCGAGAGCGUGGAGGGUGGAGAAUUUGAUGCCGGGGGAUGACGGGAUCCGAGUUAAGCCUAUGAAGGUCAGACCUGAUAGGCAGAGGGCGUCUUCUACUCCGAGGGUGAAAGCUGCCGCUUUGCAGGAUGAUGGGAUUCGAAUUAAGCCUAUGAAGGAGAGACCUGACAGGGAGAGGGCGUUCUCUACUUCGAGGGUGAAAGCUGUCGCUUUGCAGGAUGAUGGGAUUCGAGUGUUUGCUCCGAAGACCUUUCCGAAUGAUGACGAUGGCAUUAAGGACAAACUUGCGAAGGGUAGACCAAGCAAGGAACGAAUGGCUCCUGUCUCCAAGGGGAAAGUUGCUCCGCAGGAUGAUGGUAUUCGGGUCACUGCCUCAAAUACCAGCUUUAACGACGAUGGCAUCAGGAUACGACCCUCUAGAGAAUCUUCUCCCCAGUCAGAUCUGCGGAUAAAACCUGUCCGAAAAGAUGGGAGCAAGAGACGUCCGAAGGAAGAGGGAGAAUCGCCCACUCCGACCCCUAGAAAGAAGAGCAAGCAACACGUCAAGCCAUCUUCUGAGACUGAAACGGGAGCUCGAGUCACUUCCCAUGGAACGGCUUCGUAUCGCGACGAGGAUAUUGUAUCCCAUGUCACUCCAGCUCCUCGCCCGAGAUCCAGCCGUCGAAGCCAGAAAUCGGAGACCCCAACCGAAACUCUGGAUGAGAUUCCAUUCGGCAAUUCUGCAUUCAGUGUACUCGAUCUACCACUCGGUGCCGAGGCCAACACUAUGAGACGGUCUGAGUCGAAGCGAACUCCUAGUUUCUCUGCCGUUGUACCCAAAGUGUUGAAGCGGGUGUACACUGAAGGCAAGAAAAUGAUGCAGGAUACUGCUGAACCACCCAGAGGAGGGAUAAACCAGCCUCCCAGCAUUGACUCUUGGUUAAAUGGUACGGUGGACCCGCUUGCUGAAGAACCAGUAGCCCAGCCAGACACCCUCAAAGUGCCCACAGCUCCAGUUUCGAGGUUGCCCAGCAAGAAAGAGGGCGAUCGAGCAGAAAAACAUAUUGAGCCUGGCCCGGAGCGCAGUGAGCAGAAACAUCAAAGUAACAAGCGAAAGUCUUGGGAGAAAGAAGAGAGCCCACGCGUUAAGUCCCCUGGUGAGGCCAGGGAUCGCAAUACCCUGCCAAGUAUGGAGAAUUCUCCGCCUGCUUCCUCGUCUGGCUUGAGAAGAAGCCCGGCUACUCGUAAUAUGUCCUCGCCAAAGUCACCACGGAAGCUGACCCUGAAAGAGGCUGUGCUCGACGCUUUCAAGGGCGAGUCGUCGGUAGCAAAAAAGGAUUCUCCGAGUCCCUUUGACUUCAUUGGAAUGAGAGAUCGUGAUGUGAACCGGCUAGAGUCUGUUGCUGAAAAUCCACCCCCAAAACGCACUCCUCGAGUGGACGAGGACCCAACUUCUCAGCAACCAAAUCUGGAGAGAGCGUUGCCCUCGUUCCCUAGACGGCUGGCACCAACUACUGGCAAUCAUAGGCUGUCCACCAUUGCUUCUGUUGAGACAUUCAGAACUGGAACGGAAUCAUCGUUGACAGAGACGUCCGCACCCUCUGAGCUCACCCAAACAACACUCACGCAGAGCAGUGUGCUCACUGGAACCACUGCUUCAACCCUCUCGCAGACGACUGCGUCUUCGUCUUCUCUCUCGCGUACCACGGGCACCAGUCUCUCCAGACAUAGCAAAGUCUCCACCAGCAAUCGUAGCAACAAGAGUAACAGCGGGGGACUCAAGAGGAGACUCACCAAGCAUUCUGAUCUGGUCUCGAUGCUCUCUCUGCCAGACUCGGAAGUACCAGGUCGUGGGCACAGCAUCAAGUCGGCGCGGAGUAUCCGAACCACCAAGGCAAACCUCGAGACGGCAACUGUCCAGGAUAUCUUUCGAGAACUUGCAGACGACGAGGCCAAAUAUAUGCGGGAACUGAACACGCUCGUCGACGGGGUGAUCCCGGUGCUUCUGACGUGCGUGUUAUCAAAAUCCGAACUUGCUAUCGCUACUGGUCUUUUUGACCCACUCGCUAGCUCCACCGACAACCUCCAAACGAAACCCAUUGUUGACAUGGGCGUCGCGCUCGAACGACUCAAGAGCCUCCACAAACGCAUCCCUCUCACUGAUCCCCUAGACUUUAUUCGCUGGGCUGAAUCAGCUGUCAAGACUUACGAGGAUUUCAUACACGCCUGGCGCUCUGGGUUCGAGGACGUCGUUGUUAAUCUUGCCCCUGCGUCACGUACCGACUCGAUGGCCGUGGAGUCAGAUCGGGACAAGAUGAAAAUCGACAAGCACGGCGAUGUUCUGCGCGAUACAGGAGAGAGAGCUGAUGUGGGGUAUAUGCUGAAGAGACCCCUCGUGCGCACCAAGGGGCUGGCCAAGGCCACAAAGGGAUUUGCGAUGAUUCUUGGUACAGAAAAGGCCGAAGCUACAAGAGACAAAUACGAAGAAUUGCAGGCCCUGCGCCGACGACGAGUUGAGGAAGAGAGUGCCAGAAAGGAGGACCUGCGCGCAAUCAACACGGAUACUAGCCGCGUUCACGACCUCAGAACGAUGUCGCAUGUGAAGGGUGUCACGAUUUCCCGCCACAGAAACGUGAUGAUGAAGGAUGUUUUUGAUCUAGAGAUAUUUCACUCCAGCGGCGAACAAUACGUGUGUGAAACAGAGAUCACCUUUCGCUCCGGCAGCUCCAAGAUGGAAAAUGAUGGUGACAUUUUGAUCUGCCAGACCGACGAAAAUGAAAAUUUCCUUCUCUUUCCUCCGAUUUCCAUGAAAAACAUCUCAGCACGUCAAGGAGACCGGGACACGGAGCUUGUUGUCAUGGUUCGCGGACAAGCUAUUGGCAUCAAUGGCAGGGAGGAAUGGUCAGAAUGCUUAGUACUUGAUGCCGACGAUGCACAGAUUGCCGGAGAAUGGUUGCUCAUAUUCGGCCUUUACCCUAUCCCGCCGUCUAUCAAACAAUACACGCCUAUGCUUGAUCCAGAGCUUGAGACUGUCCUUUCUCAAGCUGGUGAUGACACGAAGAGCAUCGUUGGCGCCCUCAAGUCCAAGAGUUCGGACGAGAUACCUUUCGGUGAGCGACCUCGGCGGGAAGCUGAAGAGGAAAUCAGGGGUGGACAGCCAGGACUCAUGCAUGCUGCAUACAGUUUGCUCUCGAAAGAUGCAAUCAGUAAGCUUUCGGACGACUGUGUCUUGGACAUCGAGGACCUCAAUGAUGCUAUGAUGAAGGCUGACAGAAAGUCGUUUCUUCGGCUACCAAAAUACGGUUGGGCAACGACUCUGAAUUGCGUUAUGUCAGGAGGGUUGGAUCCAUAUGCAGUGAAUGAUGAGGAUUCCAGGCCCAGGAGUAGGGACGACCAAGAUGACAAUGCAAAGAAACCAUCAAAAUAUGACAACAUCUUCCUCUCGAAGCGCAGAUCGCCCAGUCCCCAGGCACAAACCAACACGCCGUUGAAGGAGGCGAUGAGACCGGAGUUGACUUACACGGACAGAUAUCACGAGAAGAUCCCCUCUCAACACGAGGACACUCCACCGCCACCACCCGCUCACAAAACUCCUCCGAGACCGGCACUGAAGCUCACACCAGUUCUCGAUUCGCCUACACCCCGUGCCAGAAAUCGUCGCACAUCAUCGCCAUUGAAGCACGAGUAUCAACCUUCCGAGGAUGCCUCAGGUACUUCUUCUGCAGCUGAGGCAACCGAGUCCGAGUCCGGGUCAGAAGAGUACACAACUUCAGAGGACGAUUCUGAUGAUCUCGAAGAGGAAGAGACUAGACCCACUACUGCUACUACCAUACCAGUAAUCAACGUCACUGAGAAAGCUGCCUCCCGUCCAGCAUCGAUUUAUAAUCAUCCUAAUGCGAGCCUGGCACCGUCCAUGUCGGCUUCUCAAGCUCCUCUCAAACCUGUCAUUCGACCAGCUGCUCCCCGGCCAGAGACUGCGACGACUAAAAUUACUGCCAUGAUCUCUCACUGGUCGGACUCUGAAGGUAGAUGGAUCGAUGUCUGCGAUGGACUCUGCUCUGUUGUCGUUGGACCUGGGCGUGUCGAGGGAUUUGACAUCGGUUUUGCCAACUCGAUUUCCCCAGGGGAGGAAUCGUAUAUCGAUCGGAAGCCUACCACAGACUCUGAUCCACUGGUUGGACAAGAUAUCACACCGCACGUCUCUUUACGUCGCAGCACUAAGAUCGAUAUUGAGAUCAAGGCACCUCCAUCCCCAAGUUCGCGCAUGAAGGGCACCAGACUGACACUUCGAUACCGGUCAAUCAAUGCUCAUGACUCCGUUGAGCUGUACAAAGCCCUGCAUAGCGCCCGCAUGGAAAACUUGAAGUUCAAGAUUCUUGAGGAGGAGCGGCUCCUGUCCUCAUAUGGUCACAACUCCCGUUACCGCACCAUCCUCCGCAACAAGAGCUUCCGCCGCUCCGAGGCCAGUGUAGCAGCUCUAAGUACAGCCGGCAGCGAGAAAAGCAGUCUCGGUUCGGCCCUCAGUGCUGUCAAGCGUUUCGGCAUCGGCGGUAUGUUCAACAUCGGCAAGUCCUCCCUGCAAGCCGGCGAAGGCAACGGUGGCAUCUCCACUUCCUCGUCCGAUUAUUCAAACAUCACACCGCACACCAAUGACCCGUCUCUCGCGGCAAACAGCCAAAGCGGCGGCAGUUUGUGGAGCAACGGCGUUACGGUCCACGACCUGGGCUGGCAAGACAUUAGUAUCCGGCUGUACAUUGCCACCAGAGGAGGAAAAUGGGAUGACCUUGGUCCCGCCCACCUCACCGUCCAGGCUCCGCCUCCGGGCAUGAGACAAGCUUCCUCCUUGAAUCACGGACCCCAGAAGAGAAUCACUGUUACCCAGCGGUUUGGAAAUGGCGAGGAAGAUGUGAAUCUGAUCCUGGAUUGCGCAUUGGGCGCGGACUGCUUCUCCAAGAUGGGCCAUCGGGGCGUGAUUGCCAACGUGUGGGAGGAUAUUAGGGGCGACAACGGGGUCGUGGGGUUCGCGAGUAGUCGGGGCGGGGUGGCGGGCAGAGUGCGGAAGUGGUGUUUCCAGACGGCCCGGUCAGGGGACUGUCAGUGGAUCUACAUGCUUUGUCGGAGCGGGCUGGCUUAG